UUAUAUUCGGCGCGUCCACGGGUGUCGUCUUUUCACUCCCUCCCCCUCACACUCACCCCUCACACUACCAAGAUGACUGCGUCGUUCGUUGGGAACGCGACGACCUCCAUCUACGACUCGACGGACCUCACCUCGCUCUCAUGGAUGGAGCAAAGGUGGGCGGCGUGGUACAUUUACAUUGGCAACCCCGUCCUCGCCACUGGGCUUGCGAGCUUUUUGCUUCAUGAGAUUGUGUACUUUGGACGAUGCAUUCCCUGGAUCAUUGUCGACGCUAUUCCCUACUUCCGGCGGUGGAAGCUGCAACCCAACAAAAUACACACGCCGAAGGAACAAUGGGAAUGCACUAAGCAAGUGCUCUUCUCACAUUUCAUGGUCGAAUUACCAGUUAUAUGGUUUUUCCACCCGAUGGCCGAGUUGUUCGGUAUGCGUACCUACGAAGUCCCUCUACCGACCUUGCGCGACAUGCUCCCACAACUUGCCUGGUUCUUCUUCUUCGAAGAUAUGUUCCAUUACUUCGCCCAUAAGGCUCUCCACUACGGCCCUCUCUACAAACACAUCCACAAACUCCACCACAAAUACUCUGCACCAUUUGGCCUCGCCGCAGAAUAUGCCCACCCCGCCGAAGUAGCUAUCCUCGGAACCGGCACCAUUCUCGGACCAAUUCUCUUCGCUGCCUACCGACCGCAUGUCCUCCACAUCGCCACGGUCUACGUCUGGAUCACGCUGCGCCUCUUUCAAGCUAUUGACGCGCACAGCGGCUACGACUUCCCGUGGUCCCUGCAACACAUUAUCCCCUUCUGGAGCGGCGCUGACCACCACGACUUCCACCAUAUGGCCUUUACCAACAACUUCAGCACGUCGUUCCGGUGGUGGGACAGGAUGUUUGGCACGGACUCGAGCUACCGCGCGUACAGGAAGAAGAUGCGCGACAUGAAGGGCAAGGGCAAGGCAGAGCGCGACAGGGUUGAGCAGCAACUUCUUGCAGAAGUCGAGGCAGAAGGCAUCAAGGCAGAGGCGGAGGUCGUCAGGCAGGCGAGUGGGGAGAAAGUCAAGGCUACAUAA